UGUGCAGCCACUCCAGUGCAAGCAGCCAGAGGUGAUAGCCAAGGGAAACCUACGGGAGCUGCAAGCUACUGUUCACCCGUUGCAACCCUCGACCAGCAAGGCGCUCUCGCUGACUCGGACUGCUGCAGGACCGCAGAGGGACGCUGAGCGGCACUACGCAGAGCUCUGGGGGCUCCACAGACGACGCCGUCCAACCCCACUAAGGGUAAUAUCGACGCGCUUCACAAGGAUAUUGAUCGCGCUUCCCCGGGUAGCUUCAGGACGUAUUUGCCCUCGUAGCUGGUUAUUGCUUGGGAUCCAUCACCUUCUUCUAGAAAGGUUGCUCCUUCGAGGAAAGAUCUCUGCCAUGGAGUUAUCAGGCGGCCUCUUUCUCCUUCUGAUGCUCGGGGUUUCCGCGACAAACCGGAUUCCAGAGUCUGGUGAUGAUAACAGUGUGUUUGAUCUGUUUGAGUUAAUUGGCUUUGGUCGUAAGGGUGCACGCAAGCCAGCAGGGGUACAUCCAGUAAAAGGACCCGAGAUUUCCAGCCCUGCCUACCGCAUUGAUGAUGCCAACCGCAUCCCUGCUAUUCCUGACCACAAAUUCCAAGACAUUCUUUAUGCCAUCCAAGCUGAGAAGGGCUUCAUCCUGCUGGCUAACCUUCGCCCAAUAAAAAGGAGCCCUGGCACCUUGCUGGCUGUGGAACGCAAGGACAACUCUGGCUAUGUCUUUAAGUUGGUGUUGAAUGGCAAGGCAAAAACCUUGGAUCUGAGUGUUUUUCCCAAGGCUGGCAAUCAGACUCUAGUGUCAGUGGAGGAUGUUGAGUUGCCCAAUGCCCAGUGGAACAACAUCACCCUCUUUGUCCAGGAGGAUCAGGCUCAACUGUAUGUGGGCUGUGACAAGAUGGUGAAUGCUGAACUAGAAAUCCCUAUUCAGAACAUCUUCACCAGAGAUCUGGCCCGCAGUGCCAGACUUCGCAUUGCCAAAGGAGGAGUCAAUGACAACUUCCAGGGAAUGCUGCAGAACGUGCGGUUUGUGUUUGGAACGACACUGGAAGCCAUCCUGAGGAACAAAGGCUGUGAAAGCUCCACCCGGACACUUAUUAAAUUGGACAAUCCCAUGAAUGGCUCCCGUCCAGCAAUCCGCACUAACUACAUUGGCCAUAAAACAAAGGACAUUCAGGCAAUCUGUGGAUUGUCCUGCGAUGAACUAAAUAAUGUGUUUGUGGAACUGCAAAGUCUGCGUGCCCUGGUUACAACCCUUCAGGAUUCAGUCCACAAAGUGAAUGGCCUUAUGGAAUUGGUUGGCGGUCAGUUUGAGACAAGUCCUGGAGCGUGCCUCCAUAAUAAGGUUGUGUACCAGAACACCGCUGAGUGGACCACUGACACCUGCACUACGUGUACUUGCCAGAAUUCCGUGGUUAUCUGCCAUAAAGUGUCAUGUCCUCUCAUGCCUUGUUCCAAUGCCACUGUUCCCGAUGGGGAAUGCUGCCCACGAUGCUGGCUCAGUGACUCUGCAGAAGAUAUUUGGUCUCCUUGGUCUGAAUGGACCACAUGCUCUGCAACCUGCGGCAACGGGAUUCAGCAGAGAGGUCGCUCUUGUGACAGAAUCAACCAUCGUUGUGAAGGCUCUUCUGUGCAGACACGAAUCUGCAAUAUGCAGGAAUGUGAUAAGAGAUUCAGACAGGAUGGUGCCUGGAGCCACUGGUCCCCUUGGUCUUCUUGCUCUGUUACUUGUGGAACUGGAGUGAUCACUCGAAUCCGCCUGUGCAAUUCUCCACUUCCUCAGAUGGGUGGCAAAGACUGUGAAGGAGAAGCAAGAGAAUACAUGCCAUGUCAGAAAAGUCCUUGCCCAAUAAAUGGAAACUGGGGACCAUGGUCACCAUGGGACACAUGCCCUGUCACAUGUGGAGGAGGAGUGCAGAAGCGUGGACGCAUUUGCAACAAUCCUGAGCCAAAAUAUGGAGGGAAGGAUUGUAUUGGUGAAGCUUUGGACACCCAGAUCUGCAACAAGCAAGAUUGUCCAAUUGAUGGGUGCUUGUCUAACCCGUGCUUUGCGGGGACAAAAUGUACUAGUUUUCCUGAUGGUUCCUGGAAAUGUGGUGCCUGCCCUGCUGGCUAUCAUGGAAAUGGGGUUAAAUGUAAAGAUAUUGAUGAGUGUCAAGAGGUCCCAGAUGCCUGCUUUGUCCUUGGUGGUGUGCACAGGUGUGAGAAUACUGAGCCUGGGUACCAUUGCCUGCCCUGCCCACCACGAUAUACUGGAACACAGCCCUUUGGUCGAGGGGUGGAGAAUGCAAUAGCAAACAAGCAGGUCUGCAAGCCACGCAACCCAUGCACUGAUGGAUCACAUGACUGCAAUAAGCAUGCCAGAUGCAUUUACCUUGGCCACUUCAGUGACCCCAUGUAUCGCUGUGAAUGUAAACCAGGCUAUGCUGGUAAUGGCAUUAUCUGUGGAGAAGACACAGACUUAGAUGGAUGGCCAAAUAUAAACCUUCCCUGUGUUGCAAAUGCUACAUACCACUGCACUAAAGAUAAUUGUCCCAACCUUCCCAAUUCUGGGCAAGAAGACUAUGAUAAGGAUGGAAAAGGUGAUGCCUGUGACGAUGAUGAUGAUGAUGACAAGGUUCCAGAUGACAGAGACAACUGUCCAUUCAUUUACAAUCCACAACAAUAUGACUAUGACAGGGAUGAAGUUGGUGAUCGUUGUGAUAAUUGCCCCUACAACCACAACCCAGAUCAGAUAGACACGGAUAACAAUGGAGAAGGAGAUGCCUGUGCUGUGGAUAUUGAUGGAGAUGGUAUUCUCAAUGAAAGAGACAAUUGCCAGUACUUGUACAAUGUCGAUCAGAAGGACACAGACUUGGAUGGCGUUGGAGACCAGUGCGACAAUUGCCCUAUGGAACACAAUCCAGAUCAGAUGGAUUCAGACUCUGACCUCAUUGGAGAUAAAUGUGAUAGCAACCAGGACAUUGAUGAGGAUGGCCAUCAAAACAAUCUUGAUAACUGCCCAUAUGUUCCCAAUGCAAAUCAAGCUGACCAUGACAAGGAUGGGAAAGGUGACGCCUGUGACCACGAUGAUGAUAAUGAUGGCAUCCCUGAUGAAAAAGAUAAUUGUAGACUGGUUCCCAAUGCAGACCAACUUGAUUCUGACGGUGAUGGGCGUGGAGAUGCUUGCAAAGAUGACUUUGACAAAGAUAAUGUUUUAGACAUUGACGACAUCUGCCCUGAGAACGUUGACAUCAGUGAGACAGACUUCCGUAGAUUUCAGAUGGUUCCUUUGGAUCCUAAAGGAACAUCUCAGAUUGAUCCCAAUUGGGUUGUGCGACACCAAGGCAAAGAGCUAGUUCAGACUGUCAACUGUGAUCCCGGACUUGCAGUUGGUUUCGAUGAAUUUAAUGCUGUUGAUUUCAGUGGCACAUUCUUCAUUAACACAGAAAGGGAUGAUGAUUAUGCGGGCUUUGUGUUUGGGUAUCAGUCCAGUAGCCGUUUUUAUGUGGUUAUGUGGAAGCAGAUUACCCAGACGUAUUGGGAUUCUAAGCCAACCGAAGCUCAGGGAUAUUCAGGUCUUUCUAUCAAAGUAGUGAACUCCACCACAGGUCCUGGAAUACACCUUCGUAAUGCACUUUGGCACACUGGAAAUACUACUGGACAGGUGCGGACUCUGUGGCAUGAUCCUCGUCGUGUAGGCUGGAAAGAUUUCACUGCCUACAGAUGGCGUCUCACUCACAGACCAAAGACUGGCUUUAUCAGAGUUGUAAUGUUUGAAGGAAAGAAGAUCAUGGCUGAUUCUGGACCAAUCUAUGACAAAACCUAUGCUGGGGGUCGGUUAGGAUUAUUUGUCUUCUCUCAAGAAAUGGUGUUCUUCUCAGAUCUUAAAUAUGAGUGUAGAGAUCCAUGAUCACAAAGCAAUUCAUUACAGAGAUUAUUUCAAAAUGCUGGUAUUGCACCUUCUGAAAUGUUUUGUUUCUACAAGCCCUGGGACCAUUUUUUAAAAAUCGUUGCUCUUUUUUCUUCCAAUGUCAUAAAAUAGAGACUCAAAAUACAUGACCUGCCUCAAGAGAAUACUUUUGAGAGAGAAAACAGCAAAGUACACUUCUUGCCUGAUUUCUGUUAGUGCAGAAGAAAACAAAUGUCUUUCUUGAAUAAGAACGUUUCUUGCCUCAGGAGCAAUUAGUCACUUCUGUGAGAGAGACAUCCGUGCUUCUGGGCAUUUUCACUGCUUCUUUUUAACUGGAGGUCCAUUGGAGUAGCACUUUUCUAAUAAGAACAUGUUUAUAAUGUGUUGUGGACUACUUAGAAACUAGCUAUACACUUCAGCUUAUAGAAGAAGGACAGGAGAAAGACUAGCAGAACUUAGAGGCAACCACAUCCCUUUUUGAAAGUGGACUAUGCUCUCUGGGGUUUAUAUCCAGGGAAACUGGAGCAUCUGUUACAUACCUGUCUAACAGUGCGAUCCUAUACAUGUUUGCUCAAAUGCAAGUCCCAAUGAGUUCAAUAGGAUUUAUUCCUUGUAAAUGUGCAUUGGACUUACAACCAUAUUCUAGUUCAAUUCAUAGGGAACUACUUUGCUUGAUUACAUAGGAAAACUAGCUAUGCUAGCUGGCCAGUGCCUUGCAGCAUUAAAUAAAUUUCAAGAAUUCCAUUGUGGGGCAAUAGGAACAACCAUAUUGGCACACUGGAUUGCAUCUGCUUGGUAAGAAAGGCGAUUCAGAAGAACAGAUGGGAAGAGUAAGUUUACAUGUGCCAUUACAGCACCAAUAAUGUGUGAUGCACAGAGGCCACGAUGAAGGACAUACAUCCACAGGUUUGAUUCUAAAUGUAGCUAGUGCAGAUGUAACAAGAGCAUUAAGGUGCCAAAGAAGCAUCUUCAUCUCAGUUUAGCACUUGUAUUGUCUGCAAAGAACUAUGUUUGUUUCUCAUGGUUACAAAGGCACAAAAAGUGACAAAUACAAUUAAAUACAAAAUCCUUUUCUACAAAAUGCAAUGCAGCUUUUCCUUUUCCUUUUAAUUUUUAAAAUAUUGAUUUUUGUAGAAGAGCAACUGUAGAUAAAGAAAAUGUAAAAUAUUUAUUUUUACCUAAACUGUUCUUUAUGAAUAACAAAAGACUAUAGAUUGAAACAGAAACAAUGCGUCAAGACUAUCCACAUAAUCGUUUUUCUACAUGUCUUCAUGACUGUAAGAUUGUAAAUAUAGGUUAUUUAUUGUUCCCUAGUGAAUCUAGAUAGUGGCAUAUGAAGAUAGUUAAGCUGCAAAGAGAACGUUUCCAUAAGCAAUGUGGGACGCAGAAAAAAGCAGUAGGAUGGGCAUAGGAUUUCUCUCUUGUUCUACAUGUAUUUUUCUUUCUUCUGUAUAAGACAGCUGGAGAAGUACCCUAUUAGGGUACUCCCGCUGUAUUGCCAAACCACAAAAAUGUUUGAACAUUGAAUUUCCUGGUCUCUCCUAUAUGUGAAGAGAGGACACAAGAUAGCUUUCCAUUAACAUUGGUCACAAUCCACUGUUAGUCUACAGUCUUAUUCGUUUUAACAGGAUUUGCACAGAUGUUCUCGGUGGAUUGUUGCCUUCAUCAACUUUCUCAUGCUCCUUUAUGAUUAUGGUACAUUCCUAAUGGUCAAUGUACAGGGCAGAGUAGAAAAUCCCUGCCUUGAGGAGGCUGUGGUCAAAAGGGAGAAAUGAGAAUAAGAAUUGCUUGACUUACACAGAACGCACAUCUUGGUAACCAGGGUGUGAUUGCUGAAUUAGAAGUGCCUCACCAGUUUUAUUUAAAUGCUCAUGGUAUGAGGGGUAGCAUACCUUUAUUUACAAAUUUCUUCUUACUAGGAAAGAAAGAAUGUCAAAGGUGAAACUUUUAUGUACAAAUAUUACCUCAUUGUUGUUUGACUGAGAAAAGUAAGGAAAAAAAACUUUUGGAUCAAGCAGAGUUUAACUAUCUAACAAAAUUUAAAGCUACUGUAGUAUUAAGGAGGAAAAAAGAUUUCAAGUUGUACAUAGUCAAAAUUGUUUUGCAGAAAUGCAUGCUCCCAGUAAGAAAACAGCAUUGAAGCAAUGCUGAGAACAAUUUAUUAAAGUGUGUUAGAUUGUUUUUACCAUCGGUUUGUAUACCAUUCCUUGUAUUUGUAUAAAUUAUUUUUUCAUUACUGUUGGAAUAGUUAAUCUCCUGUUUGUGUAGAUAUGCUAUUUAAAUAAUUUAUCAGGAAAUGCUACCUGUAGAGCUGUAGUGUUUCUAUUUUUAUAAAAUAUUUGCACACUGAAUUGAAGAAUUGUUUGCUUCCCAACCCCAGUGUUGUUGCUAUUGGUAUAUACUUUUUUCUAAAACUGAGUAUAUUUUGUACACAUUUUAACCAUUUUACAAUUUAAAAGCUGUGUAAAUUCUACAAUACUUCUUACAUACCAGAAACAAUAAAAUACAGAAAUUUAUAUUUACAA